CGCGAAGCGGCUGCCGUGAGACGCCUUGCGGCCGCUCGUGUAUCCUGGCCACAAGAGUCCCGCCGGGCUCAGGUGGCGGCGGCUUUGAGGGUCGGAGCAACUGCGGGGAAUGUGGUAACACCUCUGAGGCUUCGGCCCGACGCUUCUGCGCUUGCUGCCAUCAAGCGGCCCCGCUGGGGGUGCAGAGCAACGCCGGGCUCCGGCAGCAGCACCGCACCCUGGGGUGUCCGCAUUGCUGCGCCCAGAGGUACCAGCGUGCGGCUGCCUGCGCGCUCCCACCAGGAGAGAACGCAUGUGGAUGGGAUUCACCGUCUUUCACAUAGCGAUCGCCUGUUUUAAACCCUGAUAAAUAGAUUUUCAACUGUGCAACGGAAAACUUUAUACUAAAAAAUCUAUUCCUGAACGAGAGUAACCUUCUACCCGACAGCUACGGGCCUCAAGGCAGCUGCCUGUCUUCUGGCUUUGCCUGCGUUUCCUAUGGCUGCCCGUCUGCUGGCGGCUUGUGUCGCGCUGCGGUUCUCUCAACGACCGCUUUUCCCAGCGCACCGGCAAAAUCCCAGUUCCUUGUUCUGUCCCUAAGGGCUGUCAGGAGCGGGACCACCGAGAAAGCCCGGUCUGCCAGUUAAACCAUAAACAUGAAGAAAUUAAAGCUUAAAGAACUGGAAAGCUGUCUUCAACAAGUUGAUACUUUUGAAAGUCCAAAACUACUACUUGAACAGUAUCCAACUAGACCUCAUAUUGCAGCAUGUAUGCUUUAUACAAUUCACAAUACUUUUGAUGAUAUUGAAAACAAAACAAUUGCAGAUUUAGGAUGUGGUUGUGGCAUGCUCAGCAUUGGAAGUGCAAUGUUAGGAGCAGGAUUCUGUGUGGGCCUUGACAUAGAUGCAGAUGCACUGGAAAUAUUUAAUAGCAAUAUUGAAGACUUAGAGCUCACAAAUGUCAACAUGGUUCAGUGUGACAUCUGUUCUUUAUCUGACAGCAUGUCAGAUACUUUUGAUACAGUUAUUAUGAACCCUCCCUUUGGUACCAAGCAUAACAAAGGAAUUGAUAUGAUUUUUCUGAAAACUGCUCUACAAAUGGCAAAAACAGCGGUAUAUUCCCUUCACAAAACUUCAACACGGCAGCACAUUCAAAAGAAAGCAGCAGAAUGGGAAGUGAAGAUGGAAGUCUUAGCAGAACUUAGGUUUGACUUACCAGCAUCAUACAAGUUCCAUAAGAAGAAAUCAGUUGACAUUGAAGUGGAUUUUAUUAGAUUUUCUGCCAAAAAAGUCCUGAACUGAGGCAUGUCUUUAAAACCUAUUGAAAAUGGAACAAUAAAACCACUAUUUUUUUAAAUUC